AUGCCACUUCCUCUUGCUGUGACGAUUCCGGCCACAGCUGCAGCAUUCGCCUACGUCAACGCCAAAACUUCCCUCUGGUACGACUACCUUCUUUUCAAAUCAGCUUUCAAGUCAGCCGGCCGCGUCUUUCUCCGCCAGCACCGUGGCAAUCUAUCCGUCUUCCACAACCUCGAGGACCGGGCCAAGCACCCUUCCACAGCCAACAAGGACCUCCUCAUUUUCGAAGGCCGCCAUCACACAUAUGCCCAAGUUUAUGACAAAGCUUUGCGUUAUGGAACGUGGCUGCGAAACAAUUUCGGCAUCAAGCCAAAAGAUGUCGUGGCCAUGAACUUUGAGAACUCGGAUACCUUCAUCUUCGUCUGGCUCGGACUCUGGAGUAUCGGUGCCAAACCAGCCUUUAUCAACUACAACCUUACCGGCAAAUCGUUGGCACACUGCAUCAAAGCAUCCAAAUCCAAGAUUUGUCUUAUUGACCCCAGCGUGGCUGCCAAUCUGACGGAGGACGUGCGGGCCGACCUCGGCGACGUCAACUUUGUCAUAUUCACGCCAGAACUUCAAGCCCAGGCGACGGCCACGUCUCCCGUUCGCGUGCCAGACUCGGAAUUGGUCGAGGACGACCUGUCCAACUUGGCCAUCCUGAUCUACACCUCCGGAACGACGGGCUUACCCAAACCCGCCGUGGUGUCGUGGGCAAAGGUCAUUGCAGGGGGCACCAUUGUGGAAACGCUGCUUGCCCGUGGAGGCAACGACAUCAUGUAUACGUCUAUGCCGCUCUAUCACUCCGCAGCCUCCUUGCUGUCGUUUUGUUCCACCAUGCUCGCCGGCAGCACACAGGCCAUCGGGCGCAAAUUCUCCACCAAGGUAUUCUGGACCGAGGUGCGAGAGUCCAAUGCCACCAUUAUCCAGUAUGUUGGCGAGACGCUGCGCUACCUCCUUGCUGCACCACCCCAGUACGAUGCCGCCACUGGCGAGUGCCUCGACAAGAAGCACAAGGUCACGGCAGCGUUUGGCAACGGCCUCCGCCCCGACAUCUGGAACCAGUUCAAGGACAGGUUCGGGGUGGACACGAUCCUCGAGUUUUAUGCCGCCACGGAAGGCCCCUUUGGCCUGUGGAAUCUCAGCCGCAACGACCACACGGCGGGCGCCAUUGGCCGCAGCGGCCUCCUCUACGGCGGCUUGCAGUCGCUGAGCCUGUCGCUCGUGGAGCUGGACUGGGCGACGGAUCUGCCUAAGCGAGACGCCGAGACGGGCUUCUGCACCAGGGUCCGGCCCGGCGAGCCCGGCGAGCUCAUCUGCAAGCUCGACCCGGAGAACAUCUCCCAGCGGUUCCAGGGCUACUACGGCAACGAGGGUGCGACAUCGUCCAAGGUCAUGCGCGGAGUCUUCAAGCCAGGCGAUGCAUGGUUCCGCACAGGCGACGUUACUCGGUGGGACGCAGACGGCCGCGUGUACUUCAUGGACCGUAUCGGUGACACCUUCCGCUGGAAGUCUGAGAACGUGUCGACCGUCGAGGUCAGCGAGACCCUCGGCCGCCACCCCUCGGUCCGCGAGGCCAACGUCUACGGCGUCGAGCUGCCGCACCACGACGGCCGCGCAGGCUGCGUCGCCAUCGCCUUCGACAAGGCCCCCGACAAGACGGUGCUCCGCAGCCUCGCCUCCCACGUCCAGUCCACGCUCCCCCGCUACGCCCAGCCCCUGUUCCUCAGGGUCCUCAGGGAGGUCGGCGGCGCCGCCCAGACCACGGGCACCAUGAAGCAGCAGAAGCACCUCCUGCGCUUAGCCGGCGUCAAGCCCGGCAACACCAAGACCGACGGCGAGCUGUACUGGCUCAAGGGCGACACCUACGUCCCCUUCCAAGACACCGAGUGGCAAGACCUCCAAGCCGGCCGCGUCAAGCUGUGA